AGAAGCCGUUUGGUUAAAAAGCAUGAGAUGAGGCCGUAGCAGACAAUCGUGUUCAGUCGCAGAUUGGACCGCGAACCCUGCGGGUGUCAGGUGUUGAACGUUUUUCCGUAUAUCCACGCUACACUUGACAUUGCGUCGAUCAUCGGCGUAUAACUUUGUUUUAUUGCUAGUGUUAUAUCACAGCAAUCCAGUGUAGUGCUACAUCCGACGUGGUGGUCUCCUCGCGAUAUCUCCAAUAAUAAUCGCUUUGCGUUUCUACUGUUUUUCGUUCAGUAUUCCGAUUGUUUUUCACCGAUCUCCGUUGGAUAUAAUAGUUAAAAAUCGCCCAGCUUAACUUCUCAGAGAAAAAAAAUAUUUCUGGAACAAUGGGGAGAAUGUCAAAGCUGAAUUUUCGGAUUUUCCUCCUUCUCGGACUCCUCGUCUGUGUCCAGGCGUAUCCGACUUACGAAGAUCGUGAUCUUUAUGAAGGCAGUCCGUGCACGCUGUCAAAUGGCAAAGGGAAAGGCGUUUGCAAGAAGGUGACAGAUUGCCCGACGAAAAUUGUGGAAGUGCAUCGGCGCGACUACGACAAUGCCGACCGAUGUGGCUUCGAUGAAUUCACUGAGAUUGUUUGCUGCAUAAAUAUACCCGGGAAGGUGGGGUCCGACGGGACCGACCAAAGGAGGCCGCGACCGGCCGAUGCUGCUUGCCAGGAAUACAGCAAUGAAGUUCUACCAACCGAACGCUUCGUGGAUUUUUAUGUUUUGAGUGGCGAAGAUGCGAAAUCAAAAGAAUUCCCGUUCAUGGCAGCGCUUGGCUAUGCGGAUGAAUCAGGGGAUAAUGGCGCCAGCAGUAUCGCAUACACGUGCGGAGGGACUUUAAUAUCUCGGCAACACGUCCUCACCGCCGCCCACUGCGUUAGCAAUAUCAACAGGCAAAUUCCCGUCGAGGUAAGACUGGGAACGACGGAUUUGAUCACCGCCGAAAACGAUACGCAACGGGUAACGGUAGCAUCUACGAUACCGCAUCCAGAAUACUUGAUAACCCAAAACUACAACGACAUAGCAAUAAUAAAGCUCCGUGAACCAGUACGGCUAACUUCUUCGGUACACCCGGCGUGUCUGCUUUCAAAAUCGUUCAACGUUUCAGAGAGCGCGAAGAAUGCGUCUCUGAUUGUUGCCGGCUGGGGACAGACGUCCGUCGACGGUACCGAGACGACGAAAUUGCAAAAAGCUGUCGGUCUGAGAUUCGUCGACACGAACGAAUGCUCGGAGAGCUACAACGACACAAAUGUGAGGCUUCCCAACGGGCUGGACAAUAUGAUAUGUGCUAUUGACCCGAACACCACGCGACGAGCGGAUGCCUGUUGGGGCGACAGCGGAGGUCCGCUUAUCGCAUCUGUGGGAUCCGCGCAGUUUGUAGCCGGAAUCACGGCGUUCGGCAAAGCCUGCGGAGGAUCCACGCCCGGCGUUUACACAUCGGUAUACGAUUACUUGAGCUGGAUCGAAGGCCACGUUUGGCCUGACACCGAAGGUAAACGAUCUGAAAGCGAUAUCGUAUGGUGAAAUCUGAGUCGCGGGUACGACGUGCGGAAAUGAAACUAUUCGGCGAACUCUUAUGGACAUCGACAGCUCAGAUCGAGAGUCACACGCGUGUUUCUGCCCGCCAAAUUGUGUGUUUAAAAUCUUCGAGAUUUACACUUAUGCAGACGUGUAAUACGUAACACUGGACGCCAAAGUUGGAGAAAGAUUUGUGCCGCUGUUAUCUUAAUAUCUCGAUACCGUUGGGUCGGUAUAUUUGAUAUAAUGAAGUGUGUAUGGAUAUACGCACACAUUGGGCAAUAUUGUGUCUGUACGCAGCUUAUAGUGUAUCACUUAACUAACGAUAAGGUACCAUUACAGUUUGCUUCGAUUCUUCGAAUUUUGCUGCUAUAAUUUAUUUUACUUGUCACAACCUUUACGCGCAAUAGAAAUAUUUCAGAGUGGAA